AUGGCAACGAGCGCCGUCCGGAGCAGGAGGCCAGCCAGGCUGUCCGCGAGCUGCAGUUCCCAUGGCGCCAAGAGCUCGAACCCCUGCCUCACGCCCUCCUCCUCGUCGUCCUUCGUCGCCUGGAGUCGCCGGGAGCCCGCGCCAAGUUCGCAGUCGCCGCUCCUCUGCUUCCGCUGCAUCGAGCAACAGCAGUUCCGGCAGAGGACGCCGCCUCUGCCCCGACCCCGCCUGGACUCCCCUCCUGCCGGCCUUCAACGCCGUCUGCGCCUCCUCUGCCUCGAAUCUCGCCGUCUCCGCCGCCCGUCCAUGCCCGGCCCCGCCGCUUCAAGUCCCAACGCUGCCUUCCCAUGCCUCAUCAGGCUCGCCGUGUCCAGGCCGUCCUGGUCGCGCCCGUGGCGAGCACGUCGAGGGUGGCUGGCUGCCGCUCCCGCUUCGCCCGUCUCCACGGUGUGCUAUGUUCGGUGGAAAAAGAGGAGAAAGGAGAGAGAGAAAGAGGGGCGAGUGGCCGACACUCGCCCUCUCCCCCGCACCUACUCGACCCGCCGCGCCGCGCUCGCCGACGGCCGCGCGCGCCGCCCCCGCCUCGACCCGCCCCGGCGCGACGCGCUCGCCCUCGCCCCCGCCACCCGCCGCGCCGCGCUCUCCCCCGCCACGCCCGCCCUCGCCCCCGCGCCCGGCACGCCGGCCCGCCCCGCUCGCCCGCGCUCCCGCGCCCCCGCGCACCCGCACCCGCCCGCCCCCGCCUCGCCCCGCGCGCACGCCCUCGCCCUGCACCCGCCGCGCCGCGCGCCGGCCCGCGCGCCCUCGCCCCCGCACUCGCCGCGCCGCGCUCGCCCUGGCCGCGUCCCGCCUCGCCGCGCCCUCGUCGCCGCCGGCCUCGCGCUCGCUUCGCCCCGUGCGCCUCGCCCUGCCCCGCCCCGCCCCGUGCGCCUGCCUCAACGCCGCCGCGCACGCGCCCACGCCCCUCGCUGCGCUCGGCCUGCCCUGCGCGUGCCCGCGCCGCGCCGGGCUGGUCUCUCCGCGCACCUGCGCCGAGCUCGCCGCCGCUGCCUCUACCCGUCACCGCGCCCGCUCCUGCUGCUGCUGCGUCGCCGGGAUGCGAGAGAGAGAGAAGCGGGGUAG